GUAAGGUAUCGAAUAUGCUCAGUACUAUGCAAGGUUAGUCCUCACCCAUUGUUGUACCAGUUAGGUACAUACCACAAGGAAACUUGAAGCAAUCAGCUGCAGGUUUGCAAAAGCUUAUGUACAAUAUUCAAAAGCAUUUGUUCAGAAUACUAUUGUCCAUAAGCAAGUGGAAAAAAAUAUUGCUGCAGUAUUUUUUGAAGAUUUAUGAUGUCUAUGAUUCAGUGCCACAUCUGUAACAAUCUCCUGAGUUUAGUCUGAAGUUAUCAACACAAAUGCAAAAGGCUGCUGAGCUGAGACCAUUAUGGUAAAAGUCAUAGUUGUCUCCCUGUUCUUUACUAGAAAAGACUAUCACACUCAUUGUUGAUAAAUAUGCUAUUAGAGUUUUGGGUUUAGCAUUAUCAGAGGAAGUAUUUAUUUCUGUUUUGGGUUGCUAUCUAGAACAAACGAUCUGUUCAGAUCAGAGGUUUUACAAUGAGCACCUGACUUAACAAUCAGUCUCACCUGAGAAGGGAGUGGGAAUUAUAAAUAGGCCUUUGCAGCUGUUUCAGGUAAGAAAAAGUGGGGAGGUGGAGAGAAAAUGCUACCCACUAAAUACAUCUGCACUCAAAAGCUGAAUAUUUGAGUUGUAAGGAAUCACUAAGGACAUCUCCUGGCUCAAGGCAUCUUCAAAAGGGUUCAAGAAAGCUAGAACUGAAAUAAUGAACUGGAAAUACAUGGGCUGGAUACAGUGAAGUAGCAAACGCCAGCAGUUAGCCUCUGAGGGAAUGGAGCAGAAUGUCCAGAGAAUAAUAACAGCACUGAACGAAUGCCUUGCUGCUCUACCUCAGCAGCAGCUUCAAAGAGUCAGUCACAUUGGAAUUUCAGGGCAAAUGCACGGGAUUGUAUUUUGGAAAAGAGAUCAAGGUUGCAGGUGGACAGAGUGUGGUACUGGCCCUACCUUUGAGCCAGAGGAGGUCAGUCAUCUGGUUACGUGGCAGGACGGCCGCUGCAGUCCUGCCUUCCUCGCUUCUCUUCCACUGCCCCAGUCACACAUCAGCCUGGCUACAGGAUUUGGGUGUGCCACAGUCUACUGGUAUUUAAAGAAAAGUCCAGAUUUUCUGAAGUCUUACGAUGCAGCUGGCACUAUCCAUGACUAUGUGGUUGCCAUGUUGUGUGACCUGAAGAAGCCACUCAUGUCCGUCCAGAAUGCCGCCAGCUGGGGAUAUUUUAAUGCCAGAAACAAAAGCUGGAAUACUGAUGUAUUGAAAAAGUCCGGCUUUCCUCUUCACUUGCUACCAGAGGUGGGAGACCCUGGCAGUAUUGCGGGGAAGACAAUCUGUGCAUGGCAUGGAAUACCCAAGGGAACAGAAGUAGGAAUUGCUCUGGGAGAUUUCCAGUGCUCUGUUUAUUCCUGUCUGACUGAAAGGACUGAUGCAGUUCUUAAUAUCAGUACCUCUGCUCAGCUGACCAUCUCAAUGCCCCCUGGUUUCCAGCCUCCAGAGACGCCAGAUCCUUCGUCGGCUGUUACUUACUUUCCCUACUUCAACGGUGACUACUUGGCAGUGGCAGCAUCACUUAAUGGAGGCAAUGUGCUAGCAACAUUUGUGGACAUGGUGUCACGGUGGAUGGAAGAGCUGGGACUUCAGGUUCAGGAGUCUGCCAUCUAUGCAAAGAUAAUCAAAGCAGCUUUGGCCCAAGAUGACAGCAAACUCUCAAUCCACCCAACCAUAUUUGGAGAGAGACACGUUCCUGAGCAGUUGGCUUCAGUGACCAGUAUUGCUGUCUCUGAGCUCUCCUUGGGUCAUGUAACCAGAGCUCUGUGCCGCGGCAUCGUUCAAAACCUCUGUUCCAUGUUACCGGUGCAACAUCUGAUGGAGACAGGAGUGAGCAGAAUUCUGGGGAGUGGGAGUGCCCUCGCCAGGAAUGAGGUGCUGAGGCAGGAAGUGGAAAGGAUUUUUCCAUUCCCUGUGGUUUAUGGGAAGGAUGUCGAUGCUGCUGUGGGGGCUGCCAUGGUGAUGUUCCACAGAAAAUAAAGUUAUUGUUUAGAGUGGCCUGA